GACCGCACUCCCUUCCCUCCAUCGUCAACGUCUCAUACCGCCCGCAGACAACAUCGCACUCAGCUUAUACAGCGAUGUAGUACUUCCCGCGGAAAGGGCCGCGAGCGAGGCCGGAACUGCAAUCCAUCUCAUGCACGCCCGCAUCGUCGGCUACCUCCUCCUCUAUCCCCCGACUAGCGCGGCUCUGAGCUCACUCAAGUGCGAAGUCACGUCUUGCAAGGAAAACAACGAUCGACUUCAAGCUGUCUACGAUCUGGGUGAGACCUAUGUCAAGCAUCUGAUUUACCCCUUCAGAAAGCCAAGAGGGAGAACCCCGGUCUCUUCGGACCACCCUUCACCUCCUUCCUUGGGUAAGCCGAAUGAGGAAGCCGUAGCGGGUCUGCAUCCUCACCCGCAGAAUCAUUUGGACGCUAAACACGUUGCCCUGGUCAGGGAUAAUUACCGCUGCAUGCUGACACGCAAGGUCGACAACCGCUGCUACAGAAAGAGGCUCAUUGCUUUGCGCUGGCCCGACGAGCCAAUUGGCCCUACACAGUGCAGCCACAUCUUCCCCGACUCGCUCGGCAACAUCGAGGUUGGCGAAAGCGAGAACAAGGGAUGCGACGUGACGACGGUGUGGACGAUGUUAAAGCGAUGUGGCUACGAAGACGUGUGCAACGAACUCAAGGCGGAUACGAAGGAGACCAAUCUCCACCGCCUGGAGAAUAUCUUGACGCUCGAACCCUCGACCCGCCAUUACUUUGACAAUAUGUGGCUCUGGCUAGAAGGCGUGCCAGAGAAGGCAAACCACUAUCGUGUCAUCCUUGCGCCCGGCUACACGCACAAGAGCGUAGGAGUCCCGGAGACCGUACAAUUCGUCGCACACGGCGAUCGUGACCUGCCCCUGCCGAGUCCCAGGUAUCUCAGCAUCCACGCCGCGUGCUGUCGCAUCGCGCAUUGUCGGCGCAGCGAAACACCUCGACGCGAUUGUCGACGACAUGGACGAGCUGAGCGUCUUGUCCGAGGACGGGGCGUCUGCGGACGUCCUAGCAUACGCUCUUCAUCGACUUGUAUAGAUCCCGUGAUGUCUUCCUUGCCGACCCUUUCCCUAUUCCUGCAAUUCAAAAGUUAUUCAUGAAUCGUAGAUCCCGGCGUCACUGUAUAACAGUCGCGUUCAUGGACUUCACGUCUAUGAAACUCUGGCUGCCACCUUGCUCGGAACCGUGAACCAGCUCACCGAAUUGGGUUACGCUCGAUGAAUUUGUUGUGAGGCUCGUCCGAGGCUUCCUUCUCCUAGACUCUGGCUGUGAGCUGGUACAAAAUGCGAUGCCUUUGACAGCGUCACCAGCACUCGUAAUGUCACAUACAUAUUUACACAAGGAGCUGCUCAAUCGCUAUAGAUAAUAAUAUGACGUGUCAA